GCCACCCAAAAAGGGGUCCUGACCCACGUGAGUCCGAGGCAACACGUUGGUGGCGCACAGAAGAAGAAGUCAGCUUUUUCUUGUUUACCCGUUGGCUCCAGCACACUGUUCCGCAGACUUUUCUCCGCUCCUGUCUGCUCUUCUACCAUGGGGAAAAGAAGCAGGCAGAGGAACCGGAACCAGAACCAGAACUCCGGCAGGGAAAACGCGGGAUGGGGAGCUGGCUACGCCGACAUUGUGAAAGAGAACAAGUUGUUUGAACACUACUAUAAGGAACAAGGGCUGGUCCCUGAAGGAGAGUUUGAGCAGUUUAUGGAGGCCAUGAGGGAACCCCUCCCAGCAACCAUACGGAUCACUGGGUACAAGAGUCAUGCUAGGGAGAUCCUUCACUGUCUGAAGGAAAAAUACUUCAAGGAUCUCCAGGAGCUGGACAUCGAUGGACAGAAGAUUGAAGCUCCUCGGCCUCUCAGCUGGUAUCCCGAUGAGCUAGCCUGGCACACCAGCAUGAGCAGGAAGAUCAUCAGGAAGUCUCCUCUGCUGGAGAAGUUCCACCAGUUUCUCGUCAGCGAGACAGAGUCUGGAAACAUCAGUCGUCAGGAGGCGGUCAGCAUGAUCCCACCUCUGCUCCUGAAGAUUGAGCCCCAUCACAGGAUUCUGGACAUGUGUGCAGCUCCGGGCUCAAAGACGGCCCAGCUGAUUGAGAUGCUUCAUGCAGACAUGGACGUACCGUUUCCAGAGGGCUUUGUGAUCGCCAAUGACGUGGACAACAAGCGCUGCUACCUGCUGGUGCACCAGGCCAAGCGCCUGAACAGCCCCUGCAUCAUGGUGAUCAACCACGACGCCUCCUGCAUUCCCGCUCUGCAGGUCGACUCAGAGGGCAAGAAGGACGUCCUCCUCUACGACCGUGUCCUGUGUGACGUGCCCUGCAGCGGCGAUGGGACCAUGAGAAAGAACAUAGAUGUGUGGAAGAAAUGGACGACCAGCAACAGCCUGCACCUCCAUGGACUGCAGCUGCGGAUCGCCGUGCGGGGCGUGGAGCAGCUGGCAGUUGGAGGUCGGAUGGUCUACUCCACCUGUUCUCUGAACCCCAUCGAGGAUGAAGCCGUCAUCGCCGCUCUGCUGGAGAAGAGUGAAGGAGCGUUGGAGCUGGAUGACGCCUCAGCGGACCUGCCAGGACUCAGGUACAUGCCUGGAGUCACUUCGUGGAAGCUGAUGACCAAGGAGGGCCAGUGGUACGGCGACUGGUCCGAGGUUCCCAAAGCCCGGCACACACAGAUCCGACCCACCAUGUUCCCCCCCAAAGAUCCAGAGAAGGUGUCCAGCAUGCACCUGGAGAGAUGCAUGAGGAUUCUUCCUCAUCACCAGAACACUGGAGGAUUCUUCGUGGCGGUUCUGGUGAAGAAGGCUCCAAUGCCCUGGAACAAAAGACAUCCCAAGCUCAGGAAGGACGGCUCAGCAGCUCCAACUGGGGGUCCUGCAGUCACUCCCUCCCCUGCAGACACGCCCCAGGAGGGGGAGGUAGAGGGAGGAGUCCCCGAAGGGAAGGUCGACGGGGCGCCUCAGGAGACGGGUGCUGCGGGAGACCGGGCGUGUGGACCCCCGCCCUCUAAAAAGCUGAAGCUGUUUGGUUACAAAGAAGACCCCUUUGUGUUCCUGACUGAAGACGACCCCGUCUUCAGCACCAUUCAAUCUUUUUAUGAUCUAUCUCCUAAAUUUCCCAAGCUCAACGUUCUGACGAGGACCCACGAAGGCAAGAAGAGACACCUGUACAUGGUGUCUAAGGAGCUCCGCAACGUCCUGCUCAACAACAGCGAGCGCAUGAAGGUCAUCAACACAGGAGUGAAGGUGUGGUCUCGGAACAGCGAUGGGGAGGAGUUUGGCUGCGCCUUCAGACUGGCUCAGGAGGGUAUCUACACCCUUCAGCCGUACAUUCGCUCCAGGAUCAUCAGAGUCAGCGUGAAUGACAUCAAAGUGCUGCUGACCCAGGAGAACCCCUUCCUCAGCAAGCUGGAGGAGGAUGCUCACGCCCAGGCCAAGCAGAUGGGAAUGGGAAGCAUCGUCCUGAAGUUCAUCCCAAGCCCAGAGACCCCCACAGAGCCUCAGUGUCCCAUCCAGCUGUGUGGCUGGAGGGGAAAGACGUCGAUCCGAGCCUUCGUUUCUCGCAACGAGCGUCUCCACUACCUCCGCAUGUUGGGAGUGGAGGUCUUCAGAGACAAGCAGGGCCUGGGGCAGAAAAAGGAGGAGGAGGGGGCCCCGGGUGGACGGGAGGGAGUGGAGGUGGAUGAAAGGGACAAAGAGGAAGGUGAGGCGGCGGAGGCGGAGCCAGGGGACGGCAGUGAACAGGGAUCUUCAGGGGCAGAGGACGGGAGCAGCUCCAGGAGGAACGACAGCUGAGGGUCUCAGAGGACAGAAGGUUGAAGGGGGCCAAAGCCUCCUCCUCUGUUUAGGUUUUUCCUUUUUUUACUCCAAAGUCGGAUAUUUUAGUUAAAAAGCUUUAAAGUUAUUUUUUUAAGUUGAAGCUCUGUUGUUUGUUUUUUUUUAUCCUGAAGAUUCCUGAUUAUCGUCUGAUUUUUCACAAUGAUGAGACUGAAAAGUUUUUGAGAAAGAUUCAUCUCAGCUCUACAAAGAAAAUGUUCAAUAUGUCUUUGAAGUUGAAAAGUGAGCAAGCUCAAUGAUUAAAGUCCUGUUUAUUAUGGGA